CUCCAAGAAAAAGGAGGGUAGCGAGGGCUGCGGAGCUGAGUCCGAUUAUUUCUCUCCCCCUUUCCCCUCAGCGCCGCCACCCUCGCCGCCCGCGACGAGACAUGCCCGCCGGCCGGAAGCGCCCAGCUCCAUCCCCGUUCGCCGGCUUCUCCCCCUUCGCCCGCUCCCUCCUCUUCUCCCCCGCCUCCGGCUUCUCCAGGCUGCCUCUCACCAACGCAGGCCCCGCCGCCAAACCCCAUCAAGACACCGCCAACAUGCCGCCGCCACCGGCCAAGCGCGCGAAGCAGGCCGAGCCCACCAGCGACGAGGAGGAGCGCCCCAGCAGCGACGCCGACGAGGAGCUCUCGGGCAGCGACGGCGACAGCGACAGCGACAGCUCCCUGGAGUGCUCGAGCAGCGACGACGACGACGCGUCCCAGGAGAUGGAGACAGUGCAGGCGGACUUCGCCUUCUUCGACCCCAAGCCCACCGACUUCCACGGCGUGAGGCUGCUGCUCAAGACCUACCUCGACUCCAAGCCCUGGGACCUCACCGGCUUUGUCGACCUCGUCCUCGAGCAGACCACCGUCGGUACCGUCGUCAAGAUGGCUGAGGACGAGGAUGAGGAUGGGGAAGCGAAUGGCGGUGACAAGAGCGACGGGGGCGACGACGAUGAGGACCUGUUCGGUCUCAUUACCGUGCUCAAUUUGGGAAGAUACGGGGAGAACCGCUGCAUCAAGGAUCUUAAGGAGUAUCUGCUUGCUGUUUGCGGCGACAAGGACACCAAGAAGAAGCUCAAGUCGCUGCUGGAAGACAAGGUGUCUACAGUCGGCCUGCUGGUCUGUCGCCGAUUUGUGAAUUUCCCGUAUGAAAUGGUCCCUAAGAUGUAUGAUUCUCUCUUUGACGAGGUUGCCUGGGCGACAGAAGAUGAGCCAACACAAGAACUCCAGGACUCCUUCCGAUUCAAGCAGUACCUGUUGCUUGUGAGAAUCUUGGAGAGAAAAACUCCUCCAAAGCAGAAAGCAAAGAACAGCAAAGAUGAGGAUGAACCUGUUAUCUAUCCGAAGUUGGAGGACGAAAUUUUCCGUGAGCUUAGUUCGUGGUCUUUUACUUUCCCAAUUUGUGCCGAACAGUCAGCUCAGCAGGAGCUGAAGAACUACAAGGAGAUGGGCUUGGUGAUGUGCGUUAAAGCCGAAGCGAUUCCGAAGUUCUGCAAGAAGCUGGAGGCCUUGGUAUCUGAAUAGCAGGUCUCUUUGCUGAUAAGAGAAGUAGGCCCAGGUGGUGGAAUUUCGCUGCUGUCCGCAUAGCAAGAACCAGUCGCUUUUUUCACGCUGUUAGUAGCGCCUUUAGGUGCAAAUGUGCAAUCAUCACUGCCGAUGCGAUGAGGUUGAUCUCUACUAGCAAGGAAUCAUUUAUCGACUAGUCCAUCUUUUUUCAUGUAGUGCUACAUGAUAUUCUUUCAUGGAGGGUGAAGGCAUGAUUUUUCUGAA